GCCAGAAAAGGGACGGGAAGGUGCCAAUAAAUUGCGAGGAUGCCGCUUUAUCUCUUCUCCUCUCCCGCCGCCGCCAAGCUCGCCACCGGCCCACACGCGUCCCUGCACCGGCGGCGCCAGUUCCUCUUCCGAGUUCCCCACCGCCCCAGCCGCCGCGCCCCACUGCUAACUUCGGCGGCUGAGCGUCCAGCAGGGCGCACCAUGGCUACUGCGGAUACCGGAGCGUCCACGGUGACCGAUUCGAGGCUCCGAGCUACAGGAGUGAAGCAAGCACUGAUAUCAUUGUCAGAUAAAACAGACCUGGCUAAUCUUGGAAAUGGUCUUCAGCGUUUGGGGUUUUCUAUUAUUUCCACUGGUGGCACGGCAUCAAGUUUGGAAGCAUCUGGUGUUAAUGUUACAAAAGUUGAAGAAAUUACACAGUUUCCUGAAAUGCUUGAUGGAAGAGUAAAAACAUUGCACCCCAGUAUACAUGGUGGUAUUCUUGCGCGAAGAGACCAGGAGCACCAUCUGAAAGCACUGAAAGAGCAUGGCAUUGGGACAUUUGAUGUGGUUGUAGUGAAUUUGUAUCCAUUCUAUGAUAAGGUCACCUCAGGUGCAAUAUCUUUUGAGGAUGGCAUUGAAAAUAUUGAUAUUGGUGGGCCUACAUUGAUCCGAGCUGCUGCCAAGAAUCAUAAGGACGUUCUUGUCGUUGUUGAUCAUAAAGACUAUCCUGCUCUACUGGAAUAUCUAGAAGGGAAACAAGAUGACCCUGAUUUCCGCAGGACACUUGCAUGGAAAGCAUUCCAACAUGUUGCUUCCUAUGAUUCUGCUAUCUCGGAGUGGUUGUGGAAGCAAUCUAAUAAAGCAGAUUCAUUUCCUCCCAGCUUUACUGUGCCCCUCACAAUGAAGUCUACACUUCGCUAUGGUGAGAAUCCUCAUCAAAAGGCUGCCUUUUAUGGUGACAGGAGUCUUUCUCUAGUAAAUGCUGGCGGUAUUGCAACAGCAAUUCAGCACCAUGGAAAGGAAAUGUCCUACAACAACUAUCUGGACGCGGACGCUGCGUGGAACUGCGUCUCGGAGUUUGAGAGCCCGACUUGCGUCGUGGUUAAGCACACAAAUCCGUGUGGCGUAGCGUCUCGGCACGACAUCCUGGAAGCGUACAGGUUGGCUGUGAGGGCAGACCCCGUGAGCGCGUUCGGAGGCAUAGUCGCCUUCAACACGACGGUCGACGAGGAUCUCGCGAGGGAGAUCCGGGAGUUCAGGAGGCCGACGGACGGCGAGACGAGGAUGUUCUACGAGAUCGUGGUGGCGCCUGGGUACACGGCGGAGGGCCUGGAGGUGCUGAAAGGGAAGUCGAAGACGCUGAGGAUACUGGAGGCGAAGCGGAGGAGGAGCGGGAAGGGCACGCUGCUGUCGCUGCGGCAGGUCGGCGGCGGCUGGCUGGCCCAGGAGCCCGACGACGUGACCCCGGAGGACGUGGCCUUCACGAACGUGUCCGAGAGGGCUCCCGACGCCCGUGAGCUCUCGGACGCCAAGUUCGCGUGCCUCUGCGUCAAGCACGUGAAGAGCAACGCCAUUGUGAUCGCCAAGAACAGUUGCAUGCUGGGCAUGGGCAGUGGCCAGCCGAACCGGCUGGAGAGCCUGAGGAUCGCUUUCAGGAAGGCAGGGGAGGAGGCCAAGGGAGCUGCUUUGGCCAGCGACGCCUUCUUCCCGUUCGCUUGGAACGACGCGGUGGAGGAGGCGUGCCAGCGCGGCGUGGCGGUGAUCGCAGAGCCCGGCGGCAGCAUCCGGGACCAGGACGCCGUGGAGUGCUGCAACAAGUACGGGGUGGCCCUCGUCUUCACCGGCGUCCGGCACUUCAGGCACUGAUCGACGGCGACGGUGGCAGCGGAGACCGUGACGACGGACGAUGGGAGGGACCUCUAUAUAGCUGCGUCGAUCUGGCCGGUGGCUGGAAGGAAGGAUCUGGCGUUUCAUCCCAGCGCUGAUGCCGGCUGGCGUUUCUUGGCUACUAGGGAGACUCUGAUGGUGCUGGAUACUCAGUGGCAAAGAGUAGAGAAAGAUACAAAUGGCAGAACUGUUCACUGUAUUGCAGGAACUAUAGUUUAUAUACAAGAAUAUAAGUGAUUUUUAAUAAUGUGUCCGUUGGAAAUAACUGUUAGUAGUUGAUCACAUGAGAUAACAUGGUAUACAACCAAAUGUCGCCUCUCGAGAGGAUGGGUCGGUGGGUCCCGGUUUGUAUAUAUGACGUCGUCAGCCUGGCAAGAGGUUGAUUGAGCUUAAUACUAACUCUUGCGGUGGAUGGAAAUCGGAAACGGUCGCUGACCGGUGGGAUCGCACA